GCAGUCGCAAUAAAUACAUUGCCUUUGACCGUGAAGAGAAAGACAUUAUUAUUUCACAGUACCAUGGUGUGGAGUCAUCUGCCAUCAACCGUCGGGAGGCCUUAACCUGAUUGGAGAAUUGUCAGCGCGUUCCACACGGUUGGGAGGUCACUACUACUGGUGGUGACGUUGUUGUCUUGUGCUCUUGGCCGAAGCUACUGCUCCAUUUUUAAAACUGACGCGGUCGCUUCUUCUUCCACUCUAAAUCGCAUGUACCGAUGUCUGCUUUAUGAUUGAAAUUAUCGAUCAAGGAUAAUUGCUCGUUCCCCGCUGUCGAGCUCUCCUUGACAAGAAACCCCAAUGAUUCCGAAUCCGUUGCUCGCGGGCAUCCUGUUCCUUGGCGGUGUAUUUGCCAGUCCUCUGUCAGACCAACGCCCCUUGGGACAUGAGGCUUUAUCCUCGAGCGCAGGUGCAGAUACCGCAAACUCUGCAGGGUCCCAGCGCGGACUGUCGGGACGUUUUCUGCACAUAACAGAUCUCCAUCCGGAUAGACUAUACAAAGAUGGAGCAUCCACCUCGGAGCAAGUUUCCUGCCACCGAGGCGAAGGGCGCGCGGGGUAUUUCGGCGCAGAAGGCACGGAAUGCGACGCGCCCUUGGCCCUCAUCAACGAAACGUUUCGCUGGAUAGAAAACAACCUGAAGGGCAAGAUCGACUUCGUGAUAUGGACGGGUGAUUCAGCUCGCCACGACAACGAUUUAAAAAACCCUCGAACACCGGACGAAGUGAUCUCCCUAAACAAAUUCGUCGCAGACAAGUUUGUCGACACUUUCAAACACCCCGAUGCUCCGCACACGCUUUCGAUCCCCGUCAUCCCCACGCUCGGAAACAACGACAUCAUGCCACACAACAUUCUUGCGGACGGGCCCAAUAAAUGGACAAAGCAUUAUCUGGACGUCUGGACCAGAUUUAUUCCCGAACACCAGCGCCAUAGCUUCGUGGAGGGUGGCUGGUUCACCUCGGAGGUCAUCCCCAAUCAAUUGGCGGUCAUCAGCCUGAACACGAUGUACUUCUUCGACUCCAACUCUGCGGUCGACGGGUGCGACGACAAGUCGGAACCAGGCUACGAACACAUGGAGUGGCUGCGGGUGCAACUCAAGAUACUUCGCUCCCGGGGCAUGAAAGCGAUCCUCAUCGGGCAUGUGCCCCCCGCGAGGACAAGUUCCAAACAGAAUUGGGACGAGACUUGCUGGCAGAAGUACACCCUGUGGGUCCAUCAGUAUCGUGAUGUGAUCGUUGGCAGCGCAUACGGCCACAUGAAUAUCGACCACUUCAUGCUCCAAGACAGUCGCAAGAUUGACAUCGUUGAUGAUUUCGGGGCUUCCGCGUCCGACGUCCCUUCAGAGGGGCUUUCAGAUAGGAUCGAUGUUCAGUCCCGUUCGGACUAUCUUUCUAGUCUCCGAAAGGACUGGUCCGACAUGCCUUCACCGCCGGACGAUUCAUCGAUCAUGGAAGAACGGAUGGGCGAAUCGCCUCCUGGGAGGGAGGUUCUAUCGCAGGUAUCCAAGAAAAAGAAGAAGAGGAAGAAGUUUUUCAAGAAAAUUGGAGGCCCCUGGGCCGAAAGAUAUAGCGUGUCAUUGGUGUCUCCCAGUCUGGUACCGAACUAUUUUCCGACGUUGAGAGUUGUCGAAUAUAACACCACCGGACUGGAAGGGGUGGCCACAUGGGCCGAAAAUUCCAGCGAUUUGUCUCAUGAAUUACGCUCUCAUGAGACCGGUGGCUCUUUCGAUGAUGGUUAUACCGACGAUGACUCUGCCGACGAAGAGACACCGGAGAAGAAUGGAAAGAAAAAGAAGGAGCCAAAUUUCAAAGUCCCUGAACCCCCAUCGCCAUCUGCACCCCCAGGGCCAGCCUACUCCAAUCAGCCAUUAACAUGGCUAAGCUAUACUCAAUACUUCGCGAACCUGACUCGAAUCUACGAUGAAAUGGCCGAACUCGAAAGCUCAGCCAACACCACCAAUCAGGUCUUGGAAGAAUUCGACGAGGAAAUCCGCAAGAACCUCUUCUCCUUCGAAGCCGAAUAUGACACAAAAGACCGUAUUUAUAAGAUGGACGAUCUCACAGUGCGCAGCUUCUUCAAGCUGGCUACCCGGGCUGCGGACAAUUUCGCAGCCGGUAGCGAGGGGUCUGAUGACGAUGAUGAUGACGAUUCCCCCGCAAUGAAGAAGAAGAAUCGAGUGUGGAGGGCCUUUUUGAAACGCGCGUUUGUGAAAUAUAUGUCCUAUGACGAACUUGAUGAUAUCGAAUGAUUUAUGAGGGUGUAUUAGGGGGUUCUCAGCAGGCAGGUCGUUAUCUGUCUGAAGUCUGUGAGGAGUGAUCAUAUACGCAGCUCCACUCGGUGGAAUUGAGACUUUCGAGAGGAACCUGAUAGUCUUAUAUGUAUUUUUGAUUUUAUCCAGAUUCCAAAUGGUUAGAA